AUGGCCCAAGGGGAAUCCCCACCGUCCGAUUCUACAUCAGAUCCAUCUCUGUCCCGGAACGUCUCGUUUAGCCGGCUGAACGCCCAGGCUCCCGAAUUCGUCCCAACCAAUCGCAGUGGCAGCACACCCACAUCUGGGCCCACACCCGCACCGGGGCCGGCAGCGCCUCCGGUGUCUGUGGGUCAGGUCCACGUCUACUCUCCGCCUUCGGUCCCUUUCCAUGUGCCGAUCCAGGUCGUCCCUCCUCCUCCUCCUCCUCAUGUGGUGCCGGUGCCGGUCCAUCAUCAUCACUUGCCAGUCCAGUACCAUCAUCACCACCAGUAUCAUUACUCUGGAUUUGGAGACCAAGAGGCGGCCGUGCAGCACAAGCAGCAGCAGCAGCUGGGAGAGCAAGCUCAGGCGGAUCAUGCUUCUUCCUCCUCCUCGAAGACUCACAAGCUUUCCGAUGAAGCUACUUCCAAGAUUUUGAAUCAGGUGGAGUAUUAUUUCAGUGACCUAAACUUGGCUACUACUGAUCAUCUUAUGAGGUUCAUAAACAAAGACCCUGAAGGAUUUGUGCCAAUAUCUGUUGUUGCAUCUUUCAAGAAGAUUAAGGCCCUCGUAAAUAGUCAAUCUCAGCUUGCAACUGUAUUACGGAACUCUUCAAAACUUGUAGUUCAUGAAGAUGGAAAGAAAGUCAGACGCCAGCAUCCCCUGACUCAGUCAGAUAUGGAAGAGUUGCAAUCUCGCAUAGUUGUUGCUGAAAAUUUGCCUGAGGAUCAUUGCCACCAAAACCUCAUGAAGGUUUUCUCUGCUGCUGGGAGUGUGAAGACAAUCCGUACCUGCCAGCCACAAACCUCCAAUAGUGGUGCUUCCUCGGCAUCCAGAUCUACAAAAGCAGAUAGCACGCUUUUCAGUAACAAGUUGCAUGCAUUUGUGGAAUAUGAAUCCCCUGAGCUGGCAGAGAAAGCUGUUGCAGAGCUUAAUGAUGAGGCCAACUGGAGGAGUGGCCUUAAAGUCCGUUUAAUGCUUAGACGAGCGUCAAAACCUGCUCAAGUGCGGGGGAAAAAGGGGCAAGAUGGGGAAGUGCAAUUAGACGAAGAGGAUGCUUCUUCACCUGAACAGCAGGCCAAUGAAAAGCAAUCAGUAGAUUCUUCCCAGCAGUCUGAUGCCCAUUCACAUGAACAUGGAGAGGAGCAUGGCAAUGACAAGGAGGUCGGGCGGAGGAAAGGGCGUAAUCGAGGCCGUGGGAAGGGGCGUGGGCGAGGUCAAUACCAUCAUAAUAAUAAUCGUGGAAAUCAUGUGGGGCCUCCUCCUCACAAUUCAGUUGGUAGUAUUGAGCAGCCAGGAGUAGCCAAGCAGCCUCCUGGGCCGCGUAUGCCGGAUGGCACAAGGGGAUUUGCAAUGGGUCGGGGGAAGCCAGUUGCUGUUAAUAUUGCAUAA